CCAAGUCUCUUGAUCUCCCUCAGCUCGUCGCGUCACAGCCGUCAGCUACCGAUGGCUGGCACACUCUGCCUAGUCUGGCUCAGCUGCACAACGCGAUGACAGAGCAGCUGUUGCUUGCCCUUGCCUUCCUCGUUGAGCACUAUUAUGUGCGCGCGACGUGCUGCACCACGCCCUCGUUGAACAGAUUCCUGUUUGUGCGGAUCUACCUAAUACCUCACGACUUGCCGAACGCGAGAGGUCGGCUCCGCAACCGCGACGCGGUAGUCGCUGCCCAGGCGCGAGGCUACCUCAAGAUUCUCCUCGCCGAGGUGCGCCAGGAGCCGUCGUGCUGGGACGCGGUCGCGACAACGUUCAAAUUGAAGGACCCAAAGAUGUUUGUGCCUCGUGAGCUGGACAAUCGUUCCAUGGCCGAGAUCUACAGCGACCUACCUUCCCCGCGUGUAUCAUCAACGAACGCGGCCGACGCGCUCUCGUCUGUGUGGGGCCUGCGGAGCAGCCUGUACAACUACCAGCGCCGGUCGGUCGCAAUGAUGAUCGAGAAGGAGGCGUCACACCAGGUUGUGCCAGACCCGCUUUAUGUCAAGAUGCCCAGCAUGCGCGGGCAAGACAUGUUCCUCCAGCCAACGACGAUGGAGGUACUGCGAGAGUGCCCCAAUAUUGCGCCGGUGAGAGGUGGGAUUCUGUGCGAGGAGCUCGGAACGGGGAAGACCGUGAUGGUGCUCGCGCUGAUACUGGCGACCAUUGAGGAACGUCCCGAUCCUGAAGACUGCGAUCUGUAUGAACGCCCGGUGAUGUCUCCGGUUGCGUGCCGAACGUUCAGGUCGCCAGAAUACGCCACCUCUCAUUGUCAUGCUCACGGAGGUCCUCGAUCUGAAGAAGUAUGGCCGGUUCCAAGUCUGGUAGACAUCCUCAUCCACGGCCUACGGACUCUUCCGUGCGCCCCUGGUGUGAGGGAGUACGAAGAAGAACUUGCGGCACGCAACUUGUGGAAGCCGUUGCAGAGUAACAUCCCUUUUUAUCACGUCCACAGGGAAGCGCCGUCGUCGCGCUCACGGUUGCGAAAAGUCCAGAGCCAUCCGCGGGUCAUGUACCUCAGCUCGGCAACGUUGGUGGUCGUGCCAUCCAACCUGUUGCGCCAGUGGGAUCGGGAAGUUCUCAAGCAUUGUACGUCGGACGUCAAGUACAAGUUACUGCGCAUAAAGGAUCGUAUGCCAUCGGCCCAGGAGCUCGCGUCGCAGUAUGAUGUGAGUCUGUCAGGCCUCCGCAGAGAAUCGACCCGCACCAACGUCGAAUCCCUCUUCACCGCCCAGCCCUGCACCUGCCCCUUCAUCCCCGGCUCGCGCGUCCCCGAUUGCCGAUGCCCGGGGCGGCCGGACGCCUCGCCGCUGCUGCAGGUGCGCUGGAAGCGGCUGGUCAUCGACGAGGGCCACACGUCGGGUAACAUCGAGCACACGAUCAACCGCUUCAUACCCACCAUGAGCAUCGAGCGCAAGUGGAUCGUCACUGGCACGCCGACGGCUAAUACGCUUGGGCUCAGUCUUGGGCGUAGUGUUUCGGACGAGGCGAGCGACUCUGGUGAUGAGUGGCAGGCUGUGGGAUUGCUCCGCGAGCCUGAGCUUUCGGCCUCGCCUGCUGACCAGCAGCCCGCGACGGAGAGCGGUAUCGUGAUGAACGUCGACGAUGAUAACGACACCGAUGCAGACCCGGAGCCCGCGUCUGCUCCCCGGCGCAUAUGGACGGUGGACGAUCGAGCAAACCUGCGCAAACUCAGCGUGAUGAUCGCGAAGUUCCUCGGCGUACCACGGUUCAAGAGCGACGGGAAGCUCUUCACGCGCUGCGUGUCUUCGCCCUUAUGUGCCCCGCAGGGACCGCACCCGUUCGCGGUGCAAGUCCUGAGCCAGGCGAUGCAGAUGGUGAUGGUGCGUCACAGGAUCGAGGACGUGGAGAACGAGGUCGGGCUCCCGCCGAUGACGCAUAAAACCGAGUACAUGGACCUCGACCCAUAUGCACGCAAGUCGUACAACGCGAUGUUGGCGGCUGUAGCGGUCAACGCUGUUGAUUCGCGGCGGACGGAUAUUGAUUACCUCUUCCACCCGAAAAGAUUGAAAGAGCUGAAUACAGCGGUUGCUAACAUGUCGCAAGGGCUAUUCUGGUCUGCGUCCGACAUUCUCUAUAACGUAGACCAGAUCUCCUUUGACGGCGAGGAGCUCCUCGAUCGUGCCAGAGGACGUGGGGUGCCGCAAGCAGAUAUCGACCUGCUGGAGCAAUCGAUCCGCCAUGCACACGCAGCAGCCAACGACAAGCUCUGGCGAGCGAUGCAGGUGCACGAGGACGUCCCCUUCCGCGUCUCGCACCUCGAUCCGCCGAUCUUCGCGGCCUGGAACCGCGGCAAGCUGGGGACGACGCACGGCGCCGAGGAUCUGCCACUGCGCGUCAUGCACGCGAACAGGCUCGUGCAGCUGCGCGAGCUCGUGCGCCGGCGGCCGCUCAUCACGCACGGCGCGCUCGUCGACGAGGGGCUCGGUGUGCGCGCGCUCGAGGCCGCGAGGUGUGAGAAGAAGGCUGCGAGUGUGCAGGCUGUGGAGAAGGAGGAUUUGAUGAGGCGGAUGGUCAGUGAGGUGGACCAGGAGAUGGAGGUGCUGAUGAAGCGGGCGGAUGAGGAAGAGGAGGGGGUCGCGGAGCCGGGGACUGUUAUGUCGACGGCGUUGGCGUCGCCCUGCGCUCCGACAGCGCUGGCGCUUUCUCCCUUGCUGGCUUCGUCUCCGAUGCGCCAGACGCGUGUGGGUGGCUCGUUGUCCACGAAGUUGAAUUUCAUUCUCCAGGAGGUCCUCGAACACCACCGCGACGAGAAGUUCCUCAUCUUCUCCUCGUCGCCACUGACGCUCGCGCACGUCGCCGAAGGGCUGUCGCUGAUCGAGGUCAAGUUCCUUCGGUACACGACCGAGAUUAUGCGGGACAAGCGCGACGACUUCGUCAUGACGUUCGAGACGUCGGACACGUUCCGCGUGUUUCUUAUGGAGCUGAAGCAUGCCGCUCGUGGAUUGAACCUCAUUUCGGCCUCACGUAUCAUCUUUUGCGAGCCGGUGUGGCAGCCAGAUGUUGAGAGUCAGGCGAUCAAGCGUGCCCAUCGUAUGGGCCAGACCAGGCCUAUCGUCGUGAAAACCCUCGCGAUCCGCUCGACCGCAGAACAGGAGAUGAUGGACCGCCGCCAGCACCUCAGAGGAGCAACCAACAAGAUCCCACCGCUGACUUCGGACGCGGGCAUGAGGCGGUUCCUGGAGUCGCCGACGUUCCUGUCUGAAAGCUCUGGGGAGGAGCAUGCACUCGAUCUACCGUUUUUGGGUGACUUUGAUUCGUCGCCUCGUGUCGAGGACGAGGACAAUGCAUCACGGAGCGCGAUGGAUGUAGAAGAAACUUUGUCGGAGGAUCGGCCCAUGGAUGUUACGGUUGUGGAUCAAGAUCGACCCGCAGUAAUUGACAAGCCGCGAAAGGUAGACACAAGGUUCGCUGAAGAUGUCGUCGGCUCGACGAACGGGUCUUCGCCGCAAGUCAAGCCGCAGAAAAUAAGUGUAAGCUUCGCAGAGGAUACCGAUGGCCCGGCGAACGAACCCUCGCCGCAAACCAAGCCACACAAAGUAGGUGUAAGGUUUGCGGAGGCUGUUAAUGGCUUUGCGAACGAACCCUUACCCCGGAAAGCCAAGCCACGAGGAGCAAUAGUGAGGUUCGCGGACGACGUGGACGAGUCAGCGCCUGUGGUGAAGACGACAGAAGCGCCGGAACCGCUCGAGCAAAACGCGGGCGUCAAAUUCGUGGCUGGUUUUGAUCGUGAGCAAGCCGAAGCCAGUAGAUCUCGGAGGGAAAAGCCGUGGAAAGUGAAGGGAGUGCGGUUUGCUUGAUGUUGGAGCAAGAAGAGACGAUUGUGGUUUUCUGCGACUUGGAGUCACUAGGUUUUAUAGUACAUUUCUGAUUCGUCAUUGAAUGGGAUUGUGUAAAACGAAUGACCAAAUUCGAUCGCACGUCCAUACCGGUAUGU